AUGAUAAGUUGUGUAGGAGGACCAACAGACCGUAUCUCUUGGUUUCUAAAUAGAAUUGUCUUGCGUGGUGUACUUGGAACAAUAUCGGAGGUUGGCGAGGAGAGAGGAAGGAUUGAUGGGAUAUGCAUGACAUAUUUCGAUGAACUCGAGUUGGAGUCGACUGGCAAGACACAGCGAGUUAGAGAUCUGAGCCCGUAUCUACACUGGAAAUACUUCUGCUGCAUACGACUGGGUCCCGCAACGAAGUGCCGUUGCACCGAGUUUGUGCCAGCAAAAUAA